CUGGAUCCCCGAGUGCCCGGCCGGGGCCUGAGGAGCUGGCACCCGGCAAGGCGGCAAGCGGCGGCGGCGUCUGAUGUAAGGAGAAGCGGGGGCGAGACGGUAAAGAACAGGUCCAAGAAAAGCUCGGAGAAAGCAAACAGCAGCAGCAGCAAGUUGCCCCCAGUUUGUUAUGAAAUAAUUACCUUGAAGACUAAAAAGAAGAAGAAGAUGGCUGCUGAUAUAUUUCCUCGUAAAAAGCCAGCCAACUCCAGCAGCACCACUGUCCAGCAGUACCACCAGCAGAAUCUCAGUAACAACAACCUUAUACCAGCCCCAAACUGGCAGGGUCUUUAUCCUACCAUUAGAUGAAGAAAUGCAGUGAUGUUCAAUAAUUAUUUGAUGGCAGAUGUACAUUUUGUGGUCGGGCCACCAGGUGGGACUCAGCGGUUGCCGGGACACGAAUAUGUUUUAGCUGUUGGGAGCUCUGUGUUCCAUGCGAUGUUUUAUGGAGAACUUGCUGAAGACAAAGAUGAAAUCCGUAUACCAGAUGUCGAACCUGCUGCUUUUCUCGUUAUGCUGAAAUAUAUCUAUUGUGAUGAAAUUGACUUGGCUGCAGACACAGUGCUGGCCACACUUUAUGCUGCCAAAAAGUACAUCGUUCCUCACCUUGCCAGAGCGUGCGUGAACUUCCUGGAGACCAGCCUGAGCGCCAAGAAUGCCUGUGUGCUCCUCUCCCAGAGCUGCCUGUUUGAGGAGCCAGACCUGACCCAGCGUUGCUGGGAGGUGAUUGAUGCCCAGGCUGAGUUAGCUCUCAAGUCUGAGGGAUUCUGUGAUAUCGACUUUCAGACACUAGAAAGUAUCCUCCGUAGGGAAACUCUGAAUGCCAAAGAAAUUGUGGUUUUUGAAGCAGCUCUCAACUGGGCUGAAGUAGAGUGCCAGCGACAAGACCUGGAGUCGAGCAUUGAAAAUAAGCGCAAGGUCUUAGGAAAGGCCCUGUACUUGAUCCGCAUCCCCACCAUGGCCCUCGAUGACUUUGCAAACGGUGCUGCACAGUCGGGAGUGUUAACGCUCAAUGAGACCAACGACAUCUUCCUGUGGUAUACUGCAGCCAAAAAGCCCGAGCUCCAGUUUGUGAGUAAAGCCCGCAAGGGCCUCGUUCCUCAGCGCUGUCACCGUUUCCAGUCAUGUGCCUAUCGGAGCAACCAGUGGCGCUAUCGGGGUCGCUGUGAUAGCAUCCAGUUUGCAGUUGAUAAAAGAGUGUUUAUCGCUGGUUUUGGGCUGUAUGGGUCCAGCUGCGGCUCUGCAGACUACAGUGCCAAGAUCGAACUCAAGCGGCAGGGUGUUGUCCUGGGCCAGAACUUGAGCAAGUACUUCUCGGAUGGCUCCAGUAAUACAUUCCCGGUGUGGUUUGAGUACCCGGUGCAGAUCGAGCCAGACACCUUCUACACAGCCAGUGUCAUCCUGGAUGGCAAUGAACUCAGCUACUUUGGACAAGAAGGCAUGACAGAAGUUCAGUGUGGCAAAGUGACCGUCCAGUGUCAGUGCUCCUCAGAUAGCACCAAUGGCACUGGGGUCCAGGGAGGGCAGAUUCCUGAACUUAUAUUCUAUGCUUGAAACUUACUUCCCCAGCAGUGUGAGCUCUGGGGUGCAUACCUGUCUCUGCUUGCUUUACGCUUGCUUAUCUGCAGAUACGUGAUCAGCGCAGGUAAUUUGUAAUGAAUGAAGCAGUAGGCAAUUUCUAAUUUCCUUUAACCUUUUAAUUAUGUACAGGCAAAGAUGCAGCAUUCUGCUUUUAACUAUAUGCUUAAGAAAGCCAAGUUCUUAUUAAGGCUUCGUGAUUUUUUUAG